AUGGUCUACUACUUCACAUCCAACGUGGUGCAGCCGUCCGCCUACAUCUACAUGGGCAAGGACAAGUUCGAGAACGAGGAUCUGAUUAAAUUCGGGCUGGAGAAGGAUUUCCACGUCGACAAUUUAUCCAGUGCACACGUAUACGUCCGGCUUCGCGAUGGCGAGUCAUGGGAUAGCAUUCCGGAGGACCUCCUGGUAGACUGCGCACAGCUUACCAAGGCCAACUCAAUCGAGGGAAACAAGAAGGAUAACAUCACGGUCAUCUACACGCCCUGGUCGAAUCUGAUGAAAGACGGGUCGAUGGCGGCAGGCCAGGUUUCAUUCCACAAUCACAAGCUGGUCAAGAAGGUCUUCGUUGCGGAGCGGGAGAAUCCCAUUGUCAACCGACUCAACAAAACAAAGGUCGAGAAGUUCCCCGACCUCCGGGCGGAGAAGGAGGAAUACGCCAAGGUGCAGCGACAUGAAGAGAGAAAGGUGCGGGAGGAGAAAAAGAACAAAGAGAAGCAGGAGAAGAAGGAGAGGGAGCAGCUGAAGUGGCAGAAGGAGCACGCCUACGAUGAUAUGUUUAGUGAAGAGAACCUGGAGGCCAGCAACAACCAGGACCGGGAUCCAAACUUUGAAGACGACUUCAUGUGAUUGAUAUCGAAUUACAAUAUACCCGCAAUAGUCUCGCUGUUGCAAUUACCAGCC